AUGAGCAAAUUUUCUCUUGUUUACUAUAACUUCGAGUGGGCAAGAUUGACACGUAACGGGGUUGAAGUUCGUCUACAAUGGAUUCCUUCACACGUGGGCGUCAGGGGCAACGAGGUAGCAGACUCACUUGCAUCCAAAGCUCUACGGAACGGCAUACCUCUCGAUAUCACAACGCACAAUACUGACCAUUUUCCAAAAAUUAAAAACGAAAAUUAUAUUAAAUUUAAAUCUUAUUUUAAUGAGUGCUCUCAAAACAGGGGCCUCUGGUACAGAAGCAUUGUAGACGAACCACCUCGCAAACCCUGGUUUGCUUCAAGAAACCUCAACAGAAAAUAUUUAACUAUUUGCUUCCGAACCCGUACCUAUCACAUCCCACUUAACAAGUUUAACUUCAUCAUGAAAAAAAGAGACGAUCCAAACUGUAAACGAUGUGAGAGAGAGGAGGACCUCCUACACUUAGUUCUUGAGUGUAAAAUCAACGAAAAAUCUAGAUCAUUAGAGUAUAAACAGGUGCCAAUGAAGUGUACAGACGUCGUUCUGUUGGUGGUGAAUUCUAAUGUGAAGCAUCAGUUAACUGGAAGCGAAUACCCUCAGAGAAGAGCGCAGUGUCAGCAGGCCGCUGAUGAAUUGGGGAAACCGUCGUUAAGGAGCGCCACCGGUCAAGAUCUUGCAAGGCGUCUGUUCCAUCAGUCCCACGAGUCUCUGAGCAAGCUGAUGGGGGUUUCUUGUCCCGAGUUCGACCAGCUGGUUGAUAUCGUGAGGUCAUCGGACGGAGUCUUCGGCGCCAGAAUGACGGGCGGCGGCUUCGGUGAAUGCGUCAUAGCCUUAGUAAAGAAGGAAUGCUUGUCAUCUAUAAAGAGCAAGGUCCGGGCGGAGUACAAAGGUAAGCCAGUGUUCUUUGAGUGCGAGCCGAGUGACGGAGCAAGAAUAUUGAAACUAGAAUAA